GCGGGCGAUAUACCGUUUGCUGCAAUGAGUCCGCCUGCUGAGCUGGAUCCGGCCUAUCCCGAACUUGCUGAUUGUCGUUCCGCACUUGGCUGAGUGCAGACCGAGGUCGAAGUGUACAACGGAUCUCCUGCCGAAGCACUUAGUGUAAUCGCCGACCUGAGCUGCCGUCGUACAGAGCAUUCGGACCGCUGUAGAUCGCGUAGCCGUUCGUUCGAGCACCAGGCUGCUGUGUUCGUUCCGUAGAUGACUUGUACAUCAGGAGUGUUCAGGUACGUCUUCGCGAUUGCACGCCCACGUGGUGUUAGUGGAUGGCAGUGCGAUGGCUGGCCACAGGCAGUUUGCAAAUGUCCCUGAUGAAGUCCGACACGACCGACGAAAAAUUACAGCCAGAAGUGCUGUAUGACAGCCAACACCGUCUGUUCACAAUGCCACCUGCAGUUGUCUGCUACGCUUCUGUGGCGCGCUGGAGCAUGAAGGGUCACUCCGCCCAGCGUCCUGACUGAUGACUUGUCCCUUUCUCGAGCUCCUCAUGCAUGUGAAGCCAAUUCUAAGCUGUGCGUUGGCCUUCGAAGUGCUGACUAGUGUUCGGCCCUCCAGUACUCGCAGCAGAUUGGAUACCUACAUGAGCUCUUCCAAUACCUCCUCCGCACGGUACAAGAUGGCCCAUGUGUCUGACGAACUGUCUAGUGCUUGAGGAGGCAACGGGCGUCCUACGCCCAGAAAAUGAUCCCGUGGUUGCACAUCACUGCGCGAGUGCUAUCCAUGAUGCAGAGACGCUUUACAGUGUUUCAUGUUUUGUGCCCCAUGGUUGAAAGCAGCAUUUGUGCCUUCCAAGCAUGGCACCACGAGCUGAAUGGUAGCCCGC